CGCGCCGCCGCCGCCGCGGCUCGUCGCCGACCCUCCACCGCGCGCGACCCUCGCUCGCGACCGAAGCGUAGACGACCCGCGGCGUCGCGUCGCGUCGCGCGAUCCUCUCGACCGACGAUCAGAUGGCGUCCGUCCUCAACCGUCUUCAGACGAUCGGACGGGGGUUCGGGGAUAAAAAAACCAUCAAGACGGACGACGUGCACGCCGCCGCGGAGGAGACGAAAGCCGCGGCGGGGAAGUCCAAGAACACGCUGUCGUCCGUAGGAUGGGGCGACCGCCUGCGGUACGUCGUCGAGAACAAGACCGCGGAGGACGGCAACUACCCCUUCUACCUCCUCACCUACGUCACGACGCUGACCCUCCUCGCGUUCGGCCUCGUGUGGUGGUACGCCUCGAACCGAUACGACGGCUACGUCUACGGUCAGGAGAACUACGCGGACGCCUUCUUCGCGGGGAUGCAGCUCAUCGUGUCGCAAGGGUACGUCGACGAGAUCCCGGACAAGUACGGCCUUCGAUGGUUCUACUGGCUCAUGAUAUUUUUCGGCGUCGUGAUCUUCGCGGUGCUCGUCGGUUUCAUCACCGACGCCAUCGCACAGAGCAUGGACGCGAUCAAGGAAGGGCACACUGCCGUCGCGGAGGCGGGGCACACGCUCAUCUUGGGGUGGAAUGAAGCCACGCUGCGGGCGGUCGUGCAGAUCUCGUUCCUCAGGCGGCAGUACCAACAGCUGAACGAGAGGAAGUGCUUCGGACUCCUGUGGUACGCCAAAUGGCUGACGCCGGCGUUCAGUAUGCUCGGGCUCCUCGAGCGCCCGUCCACGUCGAUCGCGGUGGCGAACAUCGUCGUGAUGACGGACACGCUCUCCAAGGACGAGAUGCACCGUCGUCUGGAGCAAGUCCUGGCCGAGCGCGGGAUCAACCCGCGGAGAACGAAGAUCGGGCGAAACAUCAUCUGCCGCGUCGGCGAUCCGACAAACGUGAACGACCUGAUCCGCGUGGGCGCGCACAGAGCCGCGGCGAUUCUCGUGAUGAUGACGGCGCAGGACCAGAAAGAGGAGGACGAGUCCGAGGGGAGCAUCCAGAACGGCGCGACGUUGCGGGCGGUCCUCGCGCUGAGGCACGUGUUCUUCACGAACCCGUGGGAUCGCACGCGGGAGGUGAACCCGGAUUUGAGAGUCGUGCUACAGAUGUCCAACAAGAGCGAAUACGUCGACGCCGCGAUGUUUCAGCACAACAACGGGAACCCGGUGAUCAUCCCGAUGGACUUGACGCUGUUCAUGAACUCGCUCAUGUUCAAGUGCGCGGCGCAGCCCGGUCUGAGCAGCAUCUUGCUGAACAUCAUCGACUUCGAGGGCACCGCGAUUCGACGACGCAAGGCGAAAAACUUGCGCAGCGGACCGAACAACAAAUACGGCGACUGCAUCGGGAAAACGUUCGGAGAGAUGCGCAAGCAGUUCACGCGCGCGGUGUUCAUCGGAAUCAUCAAGCCCGGGAUGCCCGUGGAAGAGAUCGCGUCCUCCGGGUACGGCCUGUGCCCGGACCAGUCCACGGUGAUCGAUCCCGAGGACCUCCUGAUUUUCAUCGGACCGAGGUCGAACCCGAUACACGACUACAAGAUGACGGCCACGUUCGACGGGUACCUGAAAACCGCCAAGGCGCUCGCGGACGCGAACCCGUCGAUCGAGUCGAACCGCAGGAAGCGUCAGAUGGUCUCGAAAAUGCUCUCUAACGUCCUCGUGUGCGGCUGGCGCCCGGAUUGGCAAGACGACUACCGGCGCCUACACGACCGCAUGAUGGAAAUCGUGCGGCAGCGACAGCCGGGUAGCACGAUCACGUUCGUGAACGCCGUGGACGAGGACGAGUUCGCGGCGUUAGUCCUGAAGAUGGGCCUGCGAAAAGCGCGCGAUGACGGCGAAGUGCGGUGCUACGAGAUGCACCACCCGUACCGAGGCAUCUUCAUUCGGCACGUGAGAGGGGACGCGGCGAAGCCGAACGUGAUUGGCCCGAUCAUCGAGGGGUCCACGAUUCACACCGCGAUCAUCUUGGGGACGCAGGCGAACAUCCGCCUCGGCCAUCGCCAUCGCGACACGCGCGUGUUGAACAUCGUGCUGCUGUUGCGGAAGCUGUGGAGCGUCAAAGCCGAGGGCGUCCCCAUGCACAUCGUCGGUGAAAACCAAGAAGACAUGACAUCUCGACUCGCGCUCGCGCCGAAGCGCGGUCCCGGCGCCGCCGGCGGCCACGAGCCAGACUUCGUGAACAGCCAAGCCGUCGCCGCGCGCGCGCUGGUGCAAACGCUGGCGUACCCGAUCAUCUCCCCCGCGGUGAAGGACCUCUUCAACGAAGCGGAGGACAGCGCGGACAUCGUGACCACGUUCGCCAGCGAGUACGUCCCGUUAAACGUCGAGAUGAAAUUCGGCGUGGUGCGCGCGUCGGUGUUGCGAGCGCAAGGGGAACGAAGCAUCUGCAUCGGCAUCCUGUGGAGCAACGGCGACCCGGCGCUUCUUCCGCCGCACGACAGCGACGUGAAGUUCUGCGACACGGAUCGGUUGGUGGUGCUGAGGAGGUUGUUCGACGCCGCGAACCCGGAGCAGCCGCCGAAGCCGUCGGGGGAUGAGCCGGGGUCGCCGCUGGGUCGGAUGAUGUCGAUCGCGGGAGUGAGGGCGUGA